GGGGGAUCGGGACAGCUUUGCCCCCACUCCAGCGGGCGGCCGCAGUCACCCUCCGGCAGCCGCUGCCUUUUGUCCGGGAGGCGGGCGGCACCCUUGUCCCGGGACAGCGGAGCCUCUGACCCGGGAGAGACGACCAUCGCCUUGACUCAGCCCCAGCCCCAGCCUGGAAUCCAGCCUCAUGGCAGCGCGGAGUCAGGGAUUUAUCCCGGGACUGAGGUAGGGACAGACCCGGGAGGCUGUUUCCCCCCCCCCACUCAGCGGCAGAGAUUUGUAACCCGGGUGGAAGGGUGACUGGGAGAGAGAGAUUUAUCCCGGGACAGACAGGAGGAUUUCCCCACCCACCCAGAGAGAGAUUUAUCCCAGGACAGACUGUGGAGACUCCCUGUCAGAGAGGGGGGGGAGAGAGAUUUAUCCCGGGACAGACAGGAGGGUUUCCCCACCCACCCAGAGAGAUUUAUCCCGGGAGAGGAAGAUUUAUUCCAGGGCAGAGAGAGUUAUCCCAGGAUAGACAGGAGGAUUUCCCCACCCAGAGAGAUUUAUCCCAGGACAGACAGGAGGAUUCCCCCCCUACCCAGAGAGAUUUAUCCCAAGAGAGGAAGACUUAUUCCAGGGCACAGAGAUUUAUCCCAGGACAGACUGUGGAGACUCCCUGUCAAAGAGGGGGGAGACAGAUUUAUCCCAGGACAGACAGGAGGAUUUCCCCCCACCCACCCAGAGAGAUUUAUCCCAGGACAGAUGGGAACCUGAGCGAUUUCACGAAGUGCGUGCGUGUUCUCUGUGAAUACCUGACGGUGGGAAUCAGUGGGUGAGUCCAGGGAGAUGAGUGUCUGAGAGUGAGUGAGGUUCAGAGAGUGAGUGUGUGAGAGUGAGAGUCGAUUUGUCAGGGUCCAAGUGUGGGGUAUUGAGUGUGAGGGUUCGAGUGUCCAUAAUGUGUCAGGGUGAAAGAUUCGGCGUUUAGCCAAAGACCCGGGUCUGGUUCUGUCCUGCAUGGUGAUGCCUGUAAGUCACCACCUUUGAGGCCCCAUUGAUUUCCCCGUGAGACAGGUUGACCUGGGGGUGAAGCUGGUAGGUGCAGCAGGGGUUUAGGUGCCAGGGCUGGGCGGUGGAGAGUUUGUCCCCUUGACGAUCCACCGGGGGGGGUGGGUGGAGGGUACUGAAAGUCCGCUAUGACGUCCCCGCCUCAGUGGAAGGUUCAGCUGCUGGAGAGGAAGCGGAGGGAUGAGGAAGAGGGGAGGCGCAGGGAGAAGGAAGAGCAGGAGAGACUGGCCAGAAUUCCGGCCUGGAAGAGGGAGAUCAUCGAGAGGAGACGGGCCAGGCUGUGGCCUGGGUCCUCGCCGUCGGAAAUCCCAGCCGAGGGACAGGCUGGGCCUAGCCCGACAGGCUGCACGGCCAAGAUCGGGACAGACGGGACGGAGCCUGAGGCCUGCGUCACCGUAGCGACGGACAGCGUGGUGGUGUGGGAGAACAUUGGGCCCCUGCGUCAGAACCACUUCAUCCAGCGGGAGAAGCAGAGGAAGAGCGGUUUGGAGCUGGAGCAGGCCCCUCUGGGAGUCCCAGGGACUGAGCUGUCCAGCCAGGCCCCCGGGGUGACUGUUAUACUGGGGGACGACAUGACCAUCAUCGAGUCCAGGCCCGGGCUCCCGGGCACCAAGGGGAAGCCGCCGAGUGUGAACGGUGACGCGUGUCAGCCUGACCUCCGGUCCCCUUUGAGCAGGAGCGCCGAGGAUCUGAACUGCUUUGGGAGGUGCCAGGCGGAGGUGGGAGCGGAGGGUCCAGGCCGGGGGAGGGUUACCCGGCUGCUGAGCAGAUUCGGCCAGCGGGGGCGCCCUAGGGUGGCGGAGGGCGGGAGCGGGGAAGGGGUGGAGGCCCCGGCGAGGCCCUCCCGCUCCCGCAGCACGGAGAACAUCCUGGAACGCCGGGGCCGCUCCGGGGCCGCCUCUUCCUCCGUCCCACCAGGGUGCGCUCACGCCCCGGGUCGGGGGCGCAGGCCUCAGUCCCGCUCGCCCCCGUCCCCUCCGCGCACGGUUUCUGCUUUCCGCAGCCGCUUCGAGGCUCGGUCGGCAACAGAGACCCCGGGCCGGGCCUACCCUAUCAGCGCAGAGGCCCAAGUCACUAGGCUGCGGUCCCGGGGGCUAGUUGAGGAGGGUGGAGGAGGAAGGGGAGAAGGGGGGCAACCUGGGCCUGUUUCUGGGGACAGCAGGAGGCUGGAUCCAAACGCAGGCUCCGGCCCAGCGGGGGACAUCAAGGCCGAACCCGGGGAGGCCCAGGCUCUGGCCGAUGGGGAGGCCGUGCCCUCCGAGCAGCCGCAGCAGCCUCAGUUGGAGGCCUCCGCUCCACUCCUCCUCUCCUCCCCCACCUCCCCUGAAAACGUCAGCGCUCUCAGCUCUCCCAGGCCGCAGCAGCCUGUCAGUGCGGCUUCCUCUUCCUGUGCAGAGCAGGCCCCUGCUGCUGCUGCUGCUUCCUGCCUUCCUGCCAUCACUUCUGCCGCGGCGACAGACCGGAGAUACACCGGGGAGGCUGGCCCCUCAGGCGGGCAGCCUGUGCCAGGCCCUGAGAAGCCCGCCGUCCCCGAUCCCGGGCCGGAGCCAGACGUCACUCAGGGGGAGCCCAGCAUCGACAUGAGCGGGCCCCAGCCUCCCACUGCCGGCCCCCGGGAAGUGAGGCUUCCGGCCUUCACCGUCCUAGCCAGCCGCGGAAGGGGAGGGGGAGGGGGCGCCCGGGAUACGGAGGGCACUACCGAUGGAGGGCUGGGCCUGAAGGGUACCUGGUCACCCACGCCCUCCAGGCAUGCCGCUGGGGCGGUAACGGAGGAUGGCGAGGGGAGGCUGCGACCCACCUUCUCCCCUGCCCCCCAGCGCAAGUCGGGCAGGACCAUCACCAUCAAUCCCCGCAAGAUGGCGACCAGCAAGACCCCACCCUCUGGCAACGCCACGAUGACAGAGAAUGGCACCUCGGGGACACCGCCCGCAGUCUCGCCAGCUACUCCGGCAAAGAAACGGUAUCCGACGGCAGAGGAAAUCCAGGUGAUCGGUGGCUACCUGACCCUGCAGAGGUCGUGCCUGGUCAAGUCUGGCAUCAGUCGGGGGAAGUUCAGCAUCUCCUUUAACGACGGUGAGCUGGAGACCACCUUUGAGUACCCCUCUGAGUUGGCGCUGCUGUCUGAGCUCGGCCCGGACAGCGAGGAGACGCCGGCCGCGGUGACCUCCCGGAACCGAGAGCCCGCCAACACCACCGCCGCUGACGAUGAGGACGAGGAGGAAGUGGAGGAGGGGGUCCUGGCCCGGCGUCUCGGCGUCGACAAAACGUCAUCGGUGGGCGCAGCCGUCCGUAGGAAACCCCUGCUCGUAGAUGGAAAUUACCGGCGAUGACCCACCACCCCAGACACGAGGGCGCUCUGUCUGUCGUCAGAAUUGCCGCCAGAUUCUGCUUUCUUUCCCUCUUCGCUCUAGUCAGCCGCCCAGGACAAAUCGUGACAGGAAGAGAACGAUCAGACAGUACCCACAAGUCGAUGGAACUGCUACUCUCUCUCUCUCUCUCUCUCUCUGUUUUUGGACAAACCACUGGGCCACCGUCGGUCUGCGUCUCUCUCUCUCUCUCAGGAUUAAACCCAGUGCCAGCAAGGCCUCCAGACCCCCCCCCACACCAAGUUACUUUGAUCAGGAAUGGUAGGGGUGGGGAGCAGACCUGGGGCGUCGGCGCACGUUGGUCCAGGAAGGAAUUUUUGUGUGCUCGGGACAGAAAUCCCCCCCGCACUCUCCCGACAAUGGUGAGGGACUGACCCGCGUUCUUGGCCUUCCUUUGCAGCUCGGUGCACAGAGUGUUCUUCAAGAAGCCCUAACGCACAGGAGCCCAUUUGCCAUUUGUGUGUUCUCUGUGUGUGUGUGUGUAUAUGUAUAUAUGUGUGUGUGUGUGUGUAUAUAUCAGUGAGGGGUUGGAAUUCCGAGCAUAUUUAUUCCUCUUGUUCCCCCACCGUGUGUUAAGUGAAGGCGGCCGUGGGGUGCCUUCUUGGGAUGCUCACGGAGACGAGAUAUUCGUCCGAAGGUAUACAGGUAUAUUCCAAAUUCUUGAGUAACAGAAAAGUGUUGGGGGGGGAGGUGGUGGGAACGGGAGCAAGGGCUAACCUUUGAUACAGCUGGGGGUGGUAAGGGGCAAGAAAUGAAGGAACCAUCUCGGGGACAAAUUGAAAGGAGUUAACGGAAACUUCUGCCCUGAGUGCUGUGGUUUGAAUUAGAAUUCCCACAAUGUAGAAACAGGGCUUUCGGCCCAGCGAGUCCAGUCCACCCCCUCCGAAGUGUAUCUCAUGCAGGCCCAUUUACCCUUGACUAAAGCACCUACGUUGCACGUCCCUGAACAAUGUGGGGCAAUUUAGCUCGGCCAAUUCACCCGAAACUGCACACAGAGUCAUAGAGAUGUACAGCACGGAAACAGACCCUUCGGUCCAACCCGUCCAUGCCGACCAGAUAUCCCAACCCAAUCUAGUCCCACCUGCCAGCGCCCGGCCCAUAUCCCUCCAAACCCUUCCUAUUCAUAUCCCCAUCCGAAUGCCUCUUAAAUGUUGCAGUUGUACCAGCUUCUACCACAUCCUCUGGCAGCUCAUUCCAUACAUGUACCACCCUCUGCAUGAAAGAUUUGCCCCUUAGGUCUCUUUUAUAUCUUUUCCCUCUCACCCUAAACCUAUGCCCUCUAGGUCUGGACUCUUCCACUCCAGGGAAAAGACUUUGCCUAUUUACCCUAUCCAUGCCCCUCAUAAUUUUGUAAACCUGUAUAAGGUCAUCUCUCAGUCUCCGACGCUCCAGGGAAAACAGCCCCAGCCUGUUCAGCCUCUCCCUGUAGCUCAAAUCCUCCAAUCCUGGCAACAUCCUUGUAAAUCUUUUCUCAACCCUUUCAAGUUUUUCAACAUCUUUCCGAUGGGAAGGAGACCAGAAUUGCACGCAAUAUUCCAACAGUGGCCUAACCAAUGUCCUGUACAGCCGCAACAUGACCUCCCAACUCCUGUACUCAAUACUCUGAUCAAUAAAGGAAAGCAUACCAAAUCUUUGGAUUGUGGGAGGAAACCCACGCAGACACGGGAAGGAUGUGCAAACUCCACACAGACAGUCGCCCGAGGCUGGGAUCGAAGAGGUUGGCAUGCAGUUCCAAGUCCCACCAAGAACAGUAAACACUGGGCCCGGCCAGUGACCCUCACAUCCUGUGAGUUGCCUUUUUAAAACAAAAUGACUGAGCCAAUUUGAACACCAAGUCUACUCCUUGGUUGCCUGCUUCCCCGGGUGGGAUCUGCUGGUUUAACAGCCAGCAAAAGGCGACACAGCAGCUCAGUGGUCAGCACUGCUGCCUCACAACACCAGGGAGCCUGGUUCAAUUCCCGCCUCAGGCAACUGUCCGUGUGGAGUUUGUGCAUUCUCCCCGUGUCCCCAUGGGUUUUCCUCCCACAGUCACAAAGAUGCGUAGGCUGGGUGGACUGGCCAUGCUAAGUUAGGCCAUAAUGUCCAGGAAUAUGCAGGUUAGGUGGGUUAGUCAUGCGAAAUGGAUGGGAUGCUCUUCGGAGGGUCAGUGUGGACUCGAUGGGCCGAAUGUCCUGCUUCCACGCUUAGUGUAAGAGUCACGUGGCUGAUCAUGGGGGUUGAUGAAGUAGCUGCGUUGUCUUCUCUGUGGCUGUAUAGAGUUUCUAACCUCGCCUUCCAACGUACUCCUACCCCCUCCUUUGGCUGCAUCAUGUACCAUACAGGAGAAGACAGGAUCUGAUAAAGCAAAUGAAGAGUAGCUGUGAAUUCAGCUGGGGAUCCCCAAGAAGAAUGGUUCCCCCUCAGGACAAUGAGAACUGUGAUUGUGUGUGAAGAUUUAGCAUCCCUCAUGCAUAGGAUUCUUCCUGUAAUCUUAAAACUCUUAUACAAUCUCUGAAUUCUCAUCGAGAUACCUGAACUUAGCCUGAAAUUACAGGUUUCCCUCAAAAAUCAAAGAGUUUUUCAUAAUUUAAUCUGAAAUUGCAGGAUUCUCUCUGUGAUCAUGGAAUUCACCUUAAAAUCAAGGAAUUCAAAUUCUCCCUGUGAUUGUGGAAUUCACUCUAAAAUCAAGGAAUUCACACUGAAAUCAGAUUCUCCCUGUGAUUGUGGAAUUCACUCCAAAAUCAAAUAAUUCACUCCAAAACUGUAGAUUCUCCCUGCGAUCAUGGAAUCCACCCUGUAAUCAUGGAAUUCAUUCUGAAAUCAGAGAAUUUCCCCGCAAUCAUGGAAAUCAACCCCAAAUUUGUGGAUUCUCCAAUCAACCACAGAAACCUCCCUGAAACCACAGAGCACCCCGAACACACCCCCCACCAUCCGCAAGCAAGUACUGGAUUCGUCCCACAGUUACAGAAUUCUCCUUGUAUCCACGGAAUUCAACAGAAAAUGUCUAGGUUUGCCCAGGCAGAAGUCUGCCCACAAUUGCAGGAAUCCUCAACUAAAAAUCCCUCCCCCAGCUUCGGUCUUGAAACUCGACAAUCUCCGGCCCCCUGAGUCAGCCUUUUACAGCCAUUGGAAAGCACCCAGAUAUUUACCCGCUUCCCCCACCAACCUCACCCACCACUAUCCCUGUACUGAUUGUAAACAUCAGACUGGGAAGUGAGACAGAGCAUCGAUACUGUUUGCGGUUAGUAGUAGUCACUGUGUUGUUCGAUUUGCACUUGUUAUGAUGUUCCAGUGCUCCGGAUUUCAGCUGCGGAAUUCCCUUCUCCAGAAGCAACGUUGCCGCAGCGAGGCUGUGGACAGCAUCGCUGGAUGAUGUUAUUUUUGUAUUGAAGCCAAAUUCUCGUGGGCUUAACAAGCUGUUGUGUCCUUUAUUUUUAAAAUUAAAACGCGGAUAAGAUUAGUUGAGGGCCUCGUUCAACUCCUGAAAGCACAGAGCCUUUUGUACAAUCUUAAGUUUUUUUUUAAUUAAACUUUUUUUUUAAUAUUAAUUCUCCGUAAACAGUUUAACAUUGCACGUCAGCACUUCAACUCUCUUGUCCUGUAACCUCCGGACUUGUAUGCAUGCCUCGACCUCAAUAAAGUUUUGUAACUGGCGCCCAGGC